GAGAAAUAAGAGAGAGCGUGUCCAUGUAGAGACUAUAGCGAAAGAGAGAAAGUGAAUGUGUGUGUGUGUGUGUGUGUGUAAUGAGAGAGAGAGAGAGUUCCCUUGAGCUUUAUUCUCUUCAAAUUCUACAGGGUGGUGUUUGGUGUACAGAUUCAAAACGAGGUUUAGGAAGGGAGGGAGUGAGUCUCCUCCCCAUUGUCUUCUUAGAGAUCACCCUUCUCCUUCUCCUCUGCUCAAAUUCUUUUCCUUCUGUAUUUUGACCUUCAUUCUUGACGGUGCCCACCUUGGUUUUAUUCAAAUUCUUUUAGUUAUUCCUUUCAAGUUGCUUUUCACCUCUUCAAGGCAACACAAGAAUCCAAAACCCAUCUCAAGUAUAUUUUAGAAGAGGAGCGAGAGUGAAGGCCAACAUUGAAGGCUGCAUGAAGAAUUAGUGAGAAAAAUGAGAGAUGGGAGCCAGAAGAAGAGCAAGCUCUCCUGGUCUAAGACGCUUGUUAGAAAAUGGUUCAAUAUCAAGAGUAAGGCUCAUGAUUUUCACGCUGAUGAUAUGGUUGAAGAUGGUGGUGAUGGGGAAUGGAGGAAGAGUUUCUCAGAGAGGGAAAGUUGCACGCUCAAGAAAAGCAAAACAGAGCGACCAUCAAAGAGGAUCUCAGAGAUUCAUAGAAGACCAAAUUUCGAGUUUGACACUGCUUGUCAAGUCACUGAUGUUCAGGAGUACAGGUUAUUUGUGGCUACGUGGAACGUAGGUGGAAAAUCACCUCCGAAUCAUCUGAGCCUGGAUGAUUGGCUUCAUACAUCUCCUCCUGCUGAUAUUUACGUUUUGGGUUUUCAAGAAAUAGUUCCUCUGAAUGCGGGCAACGUCUUGGGUGCUGAAGACAGUGGGCCUGCUAUAAAGUGGUUAGCAUUGAUACGGAAGACGCUGAAUAAUCUUCCUGGUACGAGUGGCACUGGUGGCUAUCAGAUGCCUUCACCAGCGCCUGAUCCCAUCGUCGAAUUAGACGCUGAUUUUGAAGGAUCAACAAGGCAAAAGACCACGUCUUUCUUCAGUAGACGAUCUUUCCAGUCACUUAGUCGAAGUUUGAGGAUGGACUGUGAUAUUUCAAUGGCUCAACCGAGGCUUGAUCGCCGACUCAGUGUUUGUGAUAGGGUCAUGUACAGUAAUAGGCCUAGUGACUGUGAUGCCACUUUUCGAUCGGGUUCGUCUGAUGAUGAAAAUGCUGGUUGUGAUUCUCCCAGUGCAAUGUUCUGUUCACCAUCAUCUUGCAGUGUGUCAAAUUCCAUGGCUGAGGAAAGAGACAGAUCUGUGGGUCAUUCACGAUACUGUUUGGUGGCUAGCAAGCAAAUGGUUGGAAUAUUUCUUACAGUUUGGGUGAGAAGUGAGAUUAGGGAUGAUGUUAAAAACCUGAAGGUUUCUUGCGUGGGAAGAGGACUCAUGGGUUAUCUCGGAAAUAAGGGCUCUAUUUCAAUAAGCAUGUCUGUGCACAGAACAAGCUUUUGCUUCGUCUGUAGCCACUUAACAUCUGGUCAGAAGGAGGGUGAUGAGCUAAGAAGAAACUCUGAUGUAAUGGAAAUUCUGAGGAAGACUCGAUUCCCUCGCGUUCAUGGACUAGGGGAUGAGAACUCUCCAGAAACAAUUCUUGAUCACGAUCGAGUCAUUUGGCUUGGUGAUUUGAAUUACCGGAUUGCUCUGUCGUAUCGUGCUGCAAAGGCCCUUGUUGAGAUGCACAACUGGAGAGCAUUACUGGAAAAUGAUCAGCUUAGGAUUGAGCAGAAACGAGGUCGGGUCUUCCAGGAUUGGAAUGAAGGAAGAAUAUACUUUCCACCAACUUACAAAUAUAUGAACAAUUCAGAUCGAUAUGCAGGUGACGAUUUGCACCCAAAGGAGAAACGACGAACCCCUGCAUGGUGUGAUCGGAUUUUGUGGUAUGGCAGGGGUUUGAAUCAGGUUUCUUACGUUCGCGGUGAAUCCAGAUUUUCUGAUCAUCGCCCAGUAUACAGUGUGUUUAUGGCAGAUGUAGAAACUAUUAACCAUGACUGGGUUACAAAAAGCAUGGCUUGUUCUAGUGCCAGGGUUGAAAUUGAAGAGCUUUUGCCUCAUGCACAUGGUUAUACUGAGCUCUGUUUUUUCUAGACAAACAGAGGAAUUCUGAACUCAAAAUUCAGAAUUAGAUGUAAAACGUGACAUCUAUGCAAAGGAACCCAUUGCAUAUUCUUCCUAAGGGAGCAGGUGUUGUCCUUAUAAGAGUCACUGCCUGGUGCAACGGUCAAGCACUUAGGGUGUCAGCAUGGAAAUACGAGUAUCAGGCCGAAGAGUAGCCACUUUAUGCAAAGGAUUCUACAGCCUGCCAUUCUCCAGCAUCUCGAAAUGCAAAACUGCAUUCAGAUUUGUUGAGCUACCAUCAACAUCUGCAAAGAAGAAUCUCUGGAUCUUAUUUGAUGGGUUCUGUAAUGGCCUCACAAUUUCGACAAAAAAGUGAUGAUGUGGGCAGAAGCAGCAAUGAUCCUCUCUUUCUAGCCGGUGAUAUAUGCAGAUGCUAUUGACCCUUGAUCUUGAGGAUUGCAGAGCUCAAGAUAUAUGCAAUUUAUACAUGAUGACCAAGACAAAGCAUAUAUAUAUAUAUAAUAUUGAAGCAUGAAGAGCCUCAGGAAGUACUCUGAGGCUGGCCUAGAGUACUGGGUCUAAUUUGAAAUGUUGUAGAAAGCUGAAGAAAAAGAAAAAGAAAAUAAAGCUGGAAAAAGGGAAGGUAAAGAUGUGGGUGUAUAUUCAUGACCCAAGCAUGAGGAUAUGUGCAUAGGUAAUGUUCAUCUGCAGCAUCUUCUGGUCUCCCUUCUGAAAAAGGCGCCUGUUGAUGAUCGCCUGUCUGGUCUUAAGAAUAAAGCUAGUGCAAGUUAUGACGAGAAUUCUUUAGACAGUUGGGAUUUCAGAUUUUGAUG